AACGAAACCAUCUGCGCGACAAAACGGAACGGAAAGCGUCCUUGAAACAAACCCAAGUCCGUCCGCCCCACCCAAUCAAUCCCGAGAUCCAGCGCCCGCAUUGCCGCCGCACCCAGAUCGAGACAUGGCGCCGCAGCUGACCGGCGCGCCCGGCUCGGCGGCGGCGGCCGGCGGCGCCUCCGCGGCCCUCAAGCCGCAGUUCCACCACUACCACCACCACCGCCUCCCCCCCCGCCACCACCACCACCCCUCGCUCCUCUCCAAGCUCGCCUUCUGGUCCGUCUGCUCCCUCUCGCUGCUCCUCGCCUUCCUCCUCCUCUCCCCCUCCUCCUCCUCCUCCGCCCCCGCCUCCAAAACCGACUCCCCGCGCCGCUCCCUCCACGCCUCCACCGCCACCGCCGCCGCCUACGGCGGCGCCGCCUGGGAGAAGAAGGUGCGGGCCUCCGCGCGCGUCAGGCGCCCCGGCGGCCGCGCCGGCCUCUCAGUCCUCGUCACGGGCGCCGCGGGCUUCGUCGGCUGCCACGCCGCCGCCGCGCUGCGCCGCCGCGGCGACGGCGUCCUCGGCCUCGACAACUUCAACGACUACUACGACCCCGCCCUCAAGCGCGGCCGCGCCGCGCUCCUCGCGCGCGCGGGCGUCUACGUCGUCGACGGCGACAUCGCCGACGCCGACCUCCUCGCCAAGCUCUUCGACGUCGUCCCCUUCACCCACGUCCUGCACCUCGCCGCCCAAGCCGGCGUGCGCCACGCGCUCGUCGACCCCAUGUCCUACGUGCGCGCCAACGUGGCGGGCCUCGUCGCGCUGCUCGAGGCGGCGCGCGCCGCCGACCCGCAGCCGGCGAUCGUCUGGGCGUCCUCCUCCUCCGUGUACGGGCUCAACUCCCACGUGCCCUUCUCCGAGCACGACAGGACGGACCGCCCCGCGUCCCUCUACGCGGCCACCAAGAAGGCGGGCGAGGAGAUCGCGCAUGUCUACAACCACAUCUACGGCCUCUCCCUCACCGCGCUCCGGUUCUUCACCGUCUACGGCCCCUGGGGGCGCCCCGACAUGGCAUACUUCUUCUUCACCCGGGACAUCCUCGCUGGUCGGCCCAUCACCGUCUACGAGAGCUCCGGUGGAGGCGCGCACCAGACCACCAUUUCCCGGGAUUUCACCUACAUUGAUGAUAUCGUCAAGGGGUGUAUCGGGGCCCUGGAUACAGCCGGCAAGAGCACUGGCAGCGGUGGCAAGAAGCGGGGGCCAGCGCCGUUCAGGACUUACAAUUUGGGCAACACUUCUCCGGUGCCAGUCACACAGCUAGUGGACUUGCUGGAGAAGAUGCUCAAGGUCAAGGCUGAGAGGAGGAUUGUCAAGAUGCCGAGGAACGGGGAUGUGCCCUACACGCAUGCUAACAUCAGCCUUGCGCAGCGCGAGCUUGGGUACCGGCCAUCCACCGAUCUACAAACGGGGCUCAAGAAGUUUGUGCGCUGGUAUCUCGAGUACUACAACCCUGAGCUGGCCGUGAAGCAGAAGCAGCAUGGCAGUAGCACUGGCAAGGCCUCACGCGGUCGGAACGGCAGCACGAGCAGCAGCGCAAGAUGACUGACGAUUCAGUUUCUGGAUGGAUGGCCCUCUUCUGACGGUGUGUAUCUCUUCAGGUGAAAUGAAACAAUCGUUAAUUAGUUAGUGUUGGAAAACUGUUGCCUCUGUUUUGCUCCCCAUAGCUGGGCAUCACUCCCUAGUUCCAUUAGUUGGUUCUUAGGAUGACACUGCUAGGAACAUUUUUUUCAAUCAUUUUGGGGAGCAGACGGUGCAUUGCAAAGACUACGAUAGAUUCUUUUAGUGACAUUUUGUACCACGAGAGGGAAGGAAAUAUAUCAUGACUCUGUUUCUUUUGUUCAA